AUGUAUGAUAGAGAACAAACCUCAUAAACUGGAAUAGAUUUAUUCUUUCCAUCAGCAAAUCAAUUCAACACAUAAAGAUAUCCUAAUUUAAUAUUAUUUUUUACUGGAACAGAUUUAUACUUUUAUUUAGGUUCAAAUAAUAAACUCUUAUAAUAUUUCUCAGGGAGAUUAGGAGAAGUAUCAAUUAACUCUUGCAUAUAAAAACCAUAUACUUAUUAAUUAAGUAUAAUUUUAUUAUCAAUUUUUAUUAGUCUGUGACAAAAGUUGUAAAACAUGUAAUGGACCUACAUAAAAUUAUUGUACAGAAUGUGAAAGUACUUAUAAUCGUUAAUUAAAAUAAAAUAUAUGCGUUUGUAAUGAAAAUUACUUUUAGUUCCCCAAUCAAAAGAAAUGUUCAUGUAAGAAUUGAAAAUAUUAUUAGAACUAUAAUAAAAUUCAUUUUUUUAAAUAGAAGAAGUAAAAUAUGAAAAAAUUUAAUGUUUUUUCGGAUAAUUUAUAAUUGAUUACAAAGGAUAAUAAUAUUGUAUUGAUUGGUAUGAUUAAUUAUUAAUUUUAAGUCCAUUUUCUUAAAUAGGAACUACCCUGUAUUGUGGAGAUUGCUUUGAAAAUUAAUCAUAUUGGUAAUUUAAUUUGAAAUGCACUUAUAAUUACUAAUUAAGUGAUCCUCUUGAUGAAGAAUCUACUUUUAUAAAAUUGAAAUAAGAUCCAUAGUUAUAUAUAAUUGAUGUCAAUUCAGUUUCUGUAAAUAAUUGUAGAGGUUGUUUGGAAAUUUGUAAUGAUGAUGAUUGUUAAAUAUAUAAGUAUAGUAAUUUUGGUCAAUUAAUUAAAAUUAGGUGUAAGCCAAGUAAUAUAUUUAAAAAUCUUAUUUAGAUUAUUAUUUUAAAGAUGGAGAGUGUGUAUAAUGUGAUCAAUUCUGUAGUAUAUGUUCAAAUAAUGUUUGCCUUUAAUGUUUACCAAAUUAUUAUUUCAAUUCCAUCCUUCAGCAAUGUUUGCUAGAUACUAAUAUAGAAUAAUAAUGUGGAUAUAAAUGUAUAAAGUGUGCCUUCAAGGAUAAUUAAAAUAGAUGUUUGAAAUGUUUAAAUAAUUUUAAAAUAUCCGAUGAUGGAUUUAAUUGUGAAAGUUUUGAAAUAACUGAUUGUUUAAAUGAAUACAAUAAAUAAGGAGAUAAAUCAACUAUUCCAUAUUUAUUUGAUCCACUAACAGACCUCAUCACUGAACCAUUUUGUUGUCAUUGUUCAACUAAUAAUUACAAUGAACUUAAUAAAAAAUGUACAACAGUAGCUUCUACUACUUGUACUUAUAGUAUCAAUGAAAAUACAUGUUUAUUUGGAUAAGAUUCAACUCUUCUCAAAAAAGACAGCGAUUGUACCAAUAAUUGUUUAUUCUGUAUUAAAGAUACUGGUUUUUGUGUUUAAUGCAAAAGUGGUUAUUACAUUGAUUUACUCUCUGGAACUUGUAUGGGUUGUCCAUCAAAAUGCAGAGAGUGUGCUUUUAAUUUACUAAUUAGAAAUUCAGACAGAGUCUUAAUUACCUUAAUUAUGUUUUAUUAAAAAGGAAUUUUAAAUUAAUAUUUAAAUUCUUUACUUUAAAUAUCCUAAGAUUUAUUUGAGUUAACUUGUUUUGAUUGUAAUGAUGGAUAUGUUCUUAAUAAUGGUAAUUGUAUUAAUGAAUGUCCUUAAAAUUGUGAAACUUGUUAAACUAUCAAUAAUUAGAAUAUAUGUAUUAAAUGUUCUAGUAUUUCUUAAAAAAUUCAAAGUGAUAAAAAUUGUUUAGAAUGUCCACCUGGUUGUUUAGCUUGUUCUGAAAGAACUUAAGAGGAGAUUUUAAAAAUAAAUCCUCUAUUUGAUUAAUCAAUACCUAUUUUUUAAAAGUAUUCUAACAAAUGUUACAUGCCAUUAAAAACUAAAACUAGGAUGUCUAAUUAAAUUGCAUAAAGUUGUAAGAAUUUUGACAAUUGUUAAUAAAGUUUUUCAAUUUAAAUUAAUGUUUAUUGUUGGAAAGCUGAGUUUGAAUAACAAAGCUAAAAUGCAGAUGAGAGUUUUUUUAUUAAUAAUUUUUAUUUAGACGAUUUUACAACUUAAUUUGAAUUGAGUUUCUUGAAUCAAUAAUUUUUAGAUUAAUUAAAUGAAUAUUUAAUCUAGUAAAUAUCAUUUUAAAUUAAAUUGAUUUCAAAUUCAGGAUAAUGCUCCUUUGGUGAUAACAAAUUUAUUUUAAAUUAGAAAUUUCUCAUAUAUAUUUUUAAUCUUUAGAGUGUGAAAAUUAAAUUCUUUUCAGAUAAUCUAUUAUCCCUUUAAUUACCUGAUUUAUGGCAACUUUAAAAUUAUACAUCAAUAGUUUUUUAAAAUUUCAUAUUUAAUGGAAAUAACGAAAUUCAUAUAAUAGAUGCAAUCAGUUAUGAUAAAUCAUUUUAAAUUCAAAUAAUCGAUUGUUAGUACACAACAUUAAAUAAUUAAUAAGAUAAUAAUGCUUUACAAUUCAAACUUCUAGAAGUUCAAACUUUAAAACUUAGCAACUUUAAAAUUUUGAAUGUCAAGCUAUAUAAAUAUGCACUAUUUAGUAUUUAACUUUAAUCAUCAACCUUUAUUUUAGAUAUUGAUUAAUUGAAUAUAUAGGAUUCAACUUUUAGUAAUUUAAACAUAUUUGAAUUUUAAAAUCUUAAUAAUUUUAAAUUCAAUUUCAUGCUAUAAAAUAUUGAGAUUAAAGCUAAAUUUAUCAAUUCCUCUAUUAUUACUAUUAGUAAUUCAAGUAGCAAUAAAGGGGAUUCAAAUUUAGAGAAGUUUAACUUAGUAGAUAGUUAAAUAUUUGGAUAAAAUUAUUUAUUUAAUUUAUAAUAUUAAAUUACAAACCUUGUUGAUUGUGUUUUAAAAGGGAAUGAAUUUUACAAUGAAAGUUCUUUUUUUUAUUCCUUCGGAUUUAAUUUAUAAAAUGUUAAGAUUACAAAUAACAUAAUACAUUUUGGUAAAUUUUUCACUAAUUAUGAUUAAAAUUCUGUAUAGAUAAAUAUUGGGUUAAUGUUAGCAUGGAAAUAAGUAUUAUUCCAAUAAAUCACUUAUUUCAAUUAUGAUUCAUUUAUUUAUAUGUAGAACAAUAGCAAUUUGUAGAUCAUAGCUGAUGAUUUUUAAAUGAUCAAUAAUGUGCCAAAUACAUAAUUUUUUAAUAAGAGUAAUAAUAAAAAACAUCUUAUUAAUUUAUUUGGCAAGACUUUGAGUAUCAACAAUUUAAAUAUAAUAAAAUAGAUGGGUAUAAUAGAAUUAUUUUUAUAAUUUAAUUCAAUAGAAAUAAAAAACUGUAUCUUAAAAUAAAAAGAGGAGUCAUAAAUAAUAAUUUAACCUUCUUAGACAUGUUUAGAUAGCUAUGAAAAUCUUGUGUUAUAUACUCCUUUGAUAGAAAUCUUAAACACUCGAUAAACAUUGAUUGAUAAUUUAUAAAUUUUGUGGUUGAGUGUAGCGAAUGGUUUUGUAAUUGGAAUAGAAGAGAAUGAUGGAAUUGGAAUAACAACUACAAUUUAAAAUAGUUAGUUUUCAGAUAAUAAUAUUUUUAUAGAAUAACCAUAAGUAAAUUCAGGUAUAAUAAAAUUUGUUUCUAAAUCAAAAUCAACAAUAAAAAUUUAAUAAUGUGAGGCUAUGAACAACAUUUUAUAUUCAUACAUCUCGGAUGUAAAUUCAAUUUUAGGAACAGUGUUAAUGUUUUUGAAUAUUUAAGGUUCAAUAGAAAUAAAUAAUAGUAGAUUUAUUAGUAAUCAUGCAAUAAACACUACAUAUUCAAUUAUGUAUUUUUAUGGAUCGUAAAUAACUAUAAAGAAUAAUUAUUAUAAAAAUAAUAACCUUGAUGAUUUAGAAUUGAUUUACAAUAAAAUAAGUGAUUCAUUUCCUGAGGAAGUGUACAUUGAAUAAAUAAAAGAAACUUAUCGAAUUGUAUCAUAUGGAGGUAAUGGAUUUUAUUAUGGAGAUAAUAUAAUGAUUUAAGAUUGUAUUUUUGAUUCAUCAGAAGCAUUAUUAGGAGGUGGAUUAUACAUUUAAACUUUAGAGUAAGGAAUCAUAAAUAUCAAUAAUUGUUAAUUUAUAAAUUUGAAAACAGAUUUAUCUUCAAAUUCAGAUGGAUAAGGAGGUGGAUUAUGGAUUGAUGGAUAAUUUGCUAUGAUAUAAUUAAGUUUAUCUGAUUGUGUAUUUGAUAAAGUAAUGGCAAAAGUUGAAGGAGGAGCUAUAUAUAUUGAACCAUCUCAGAAAUUCAAUAAUAUACAAAUAAGGAAUUUAAAAAUGAAAAAUGUAAUAUCUUUGUUGGGUUCCUUUAUUUAUGUUUUAUUUAGGAAUGAAGAUAAUUCAAAUUUAUAUAUAGAUAAUGUAGUUUGGACAGUUGAUUUGGCUGUUAUUAAAUAAUACUUUGGGGAACUAUAAGGAUUUAAAUCAGACUAUGGUAAUUAAAUUAAGUAAAAAGCAAUGUUGGUAGUCACUUAAAAUGGAAAUAUCAAAUUAGAAAACUUUAAAAUAUAUUCUCAUUAUUAUUUUGGGUAUUUUGCCUUCUAAGAUUGUUUACGUUGUACAAUUCAUAACAUUUUGAUUUAUAAACCAAGGAGUAUAUAUCUUAAUUAAUUUUACUAUGGAAAUAAUUAUUUAUUUGAUAAGUCCUAUAUAAUACUAAAUGAAAUUUACAUAGAUACUUUAACUGCUUAUCCUUAUACAUCUACAACCUAAUGUAAAAGUGGAAUGAGUUUUAUGGUUGACUCAGUUCAUCAGUAAUGCAACUAGAAACGAUUUUUAAGAAGAGGAAUAACUUCUAUUAUAAAUGAUACUGUUUUUUAAAAUAAUACAGAUUGCAAUCUAAAUUUAUUACUUAAAUUUUCACUAUCUUAGGUUGGUUAUAGUCUUAUGGAUGUUUUUAAAUCUUAUAGUUUAAAUGGAAAUACAAUGUUUUAGUUUUAAUAUAUCAAAAGUUUUACUAUGCUAUCUAGUUAAUUGGAUUUUUUAGAUUACGUUUUUGAUUUACAAAUGAAUUUAUUUCCAAAAAUGUACAAAGUUUUGUAUAUUGGUCAUGUUUUAUCAAUUGAAAACAACUGCUAUGAAUUCUUAAGAAUUUUAGGUCCUGGUGAAACUUAGCGUUUACUUUAAUAAACCACAAAUACAAUGAAUCAAUAACCAUUAUAACUCGAAUAAAUUAUUAAUCAUUUAGGAAUAUUUUCCAUGUAUUCAGGCUUCCUGAUUAUGAAUUAUUAAUCACUAAUUAAAUCCAUAAUUAUCACAAAUAUCACCCAAUAAUAAUCAUUUAUAAUAGAAACAAAUAAUCAUGCUCAAGUUUAUAAUUAUUUCUUCAAUCUACUAAUUACUAAUAAUGAAAUCGAAUAUAAGAAUUUUGCCAAUCCCAUAAGAAUAUCUGUAAGUCCACUCUCUCCUGAAUUUGUAAAGAGUAAUUCAAUAAUAUAGUUUAAUUAUCGAAAAGAUAAGUCAUUUAUGGCUAAUUUAUGCGAAUUUAGAGCAAGAAGAUUAUAGUUUAAAUAUGAUGGUCUCAAUUUUUUAAGAUCAGUUGAGAUAUUCAAAAAUGAUACAAAGAUUAUUGAUGAAAUAUAUGUAAAACCUUACAAAGCACCAGGAAUAGAAAAUUUAACAAAAUACUUGAUGCUUCCAAGUGGAUAAACUUAUGAAAAUUAUUCUUAUUUUGAUAAAGCGACUGAAUCAUUCAUACCUUUAAACAUUAAUUUAUCAAUAACAUUGGUGAAUGUUUAAUAGGAAAAAACGGAAUUGUAUUCAGGAGUUAUUUAUAAUUUUAUUACCAAAUAUAGGAUUAUGAACGAAUCCAAUCCAUUAGAAAAUACAACAUUUAAUGAUCUUAUGACGAUUAAGGUUUCUGAUUAUUAAUCUGCCGAGAAAUUUAUAAAUUAAUUAAUCAUUGACUUUGAUCCCUAUUCAGAUCCAUCUCUUUAUUAUUAAUUAUCAAUUUCAUGUGAUUAUGUUGAAAUUUCAAGAUUUGAAGAUGAUUAUCCAUAUAAAUAUAAAGAUACAAUUAAAGAUUAUGAAAUGAGAUUAAAUAUUAAAACCUAUAAAUGUUAAGUAGGAGAAUACAUAUAUAUAAAUCAAUGUCGAUAAUGUGAUGCUACAUAAAACUAUUUUUAGGUUUUGGAAGGAUAGUCUUUUUGUUAUUUUAAAGAUGAUGUAAGUACUGUUUAAGUAAAGAGAUAAACUGUCUAAAUGAAACCUCAUUAUUGGAGAUAUGUAUUCAAUAGUACUAAAAUUGAAUAUUGUUAUCAUUAAAUUACUAAUUGUUUAGGGGGAUGGAAAUAUGGUGAUCCAACAUGCAUUCAGGGACACAUUGGAGCUUUGUGUGAAUAAUGUGAUUUAUAUAACACAAGAGGAGAAGGAUCUUACUCUGUAAGUACGUAAUAUAAUUGUGGUAGUUGUGAAGAUGUGAAAUGGAAUAUUAUAAUUAUAGUAAUUAUUGCAUGCUUGUAAUUUAUUUAUUUAUUUAAAGCACUUUAAUACUUGGAGUGAUAACGGUAAAAAGUAAUUAUGAUGAUACGGUGGAAUUCAUUUUGCUUACAAAAGUAAAGGGAGCUUUCGGCAUACCUACAAAUGUAAGAAUUAUGUCUACAAUUUUAAUAAAAUUGUUAACUAAUUAUGCUUAGAUAAUUUCAAGUAUAUUUACUUUUUAACUUUCCUUACCACCUGAAAUACAAUAAUCAACAAAUAGUGUAGGUAAUCCUACUCAAAGUAUGGUUUAUUCAUUGGAUUGCUUUUUAAUAUCUAUUUCAAAUAUGAAAAUUAUAUACAUGGAAUUUAUUUGGAUGGUAGCCACUCCUUUAUUUUUCAUUUUUUUGGUAUAUUUUUUCUUUUUCCUAUUAAUUCUUGUACGACUCACAAAAUUUAAUAUCGGAGUAAUAACUACCACCCUUAUCUAUUUUUAUAUAUACAUGUAGCCUAAUUUAAUUUAGAAGUACAUAAUAUAAUAUAAUAUGUUUAUAGUAUGAUAUCUCAGUUGAGUAAAAGAUCCAUAUCAGGAAUAGAAUUCAUAUAAGGUAAUGUAGCCUAUUUGUAUUAAACUGACUCUCAUUAGAAUUGGUUACUUUAUGUUAUUGUUCCUAUUCUCUUCAUAAUAGGUGUGCUGAUCCCAUUUUUGUUUUGGUAUCAAGUACAUAAGAAUAAAAAUGAUCUCUUAAAAAUUAAAGUAAGAUAAACAUGGGGAUUUCUUUACAAUGAAUAUAAAAAAGAAGCUUACUAUUGGGAGACAAUAAAAUUAUUACAAAAACAAACAAUAAUUAUAGCACUUAAUUAUUACGAAGAUUAAGUAAGUAUUAAAGCAUCAUUGAUUCUUUUAAUAGUCUUUAUUUAUCAUGUUCUUAGUAAUAAAAUAAAUCCUUAUUAUGUUUAUAAACUCAAUAGAUUAGAUACUUAUUGUACUGUGGUUUGUUCAAUUUCUAUAAUAUUAUGUUCAACUAUAUAUUCAGCAUAGGUUGGAGGUUAAUUUGAAAUCGUAUGGCCAUUUUAUAUAAUUACAGCAACUAUUAACAUAUUAUACAUUUUAGAUCUCGUUCUACAAAUUAUCUUUUCAUAUUUAGCAUAAUACCAAGAGUGUUUUGAUAAAGUCAAAAACUUUAUAACUAGAACUUGUCCAUACUUAAUAGAUAAAUAUCCAAAUUUAAAGGAACUUUUAACAACAAAAUAAUAGAAGCAAAAGAGAAUUCGAGAAAGAUGGGCAAGAGUAAAAGAANGGUAAAAAGUAAUUAUGAUGAUACGGUGGAAUUCAUUUUGCUUACAAAAGUAAAGGGAGCUUUCGGCAUACCUACAAAUGUAAGAAUUAUGUCUACAAUUUUAAUAAAAUUGUUAACUAAUUAUGCUUAGAUAAUUUCAAGUAUAUUUACUUUUUAACUUUCCUUACCACCUGAAAUACAAUAAUCAACAAAUAGUGUAGGUAAUCCUACUCAAAGUAUGGUUUAUUCAUUGGAUUGCUUUUUAAUAUCUAUUUCAAAUAUGAAAAUUAUAUACAUGGAAUUUAUUUGGAUGGUAGCCACUCCUUUAUUUUUCAUUUUUUUGGUAUAUUUUUUCUUUUUCCUAUUAAUUCUUGUACGACUCACAAAAUUUAAUAUCGGAGUAAUAACUACCACCCUUAUCUAUUUUUAUAUAUACAUGUAGCCUAAUUUAAUUUAGAAGUACAUAAUAUAAUAUAAUAUGUUUAUAGUAUGAUAUCUCAGUUGAGUAAAAGAUCCAUAUCAGGAAUAGAAUUCAUAUAAGGUAAUGUAGCCUAUUUGUAUUAAACUGACUCUCAUUAGAAUUGGUUACUUUAUGUUAUUGUUCCUAUUCUCUUCAUAAUAGGUGUGCUGAUCCCAUUUUUGUUUUGGUAUCAAGUACAUAAGAAUAAAAAUGAUCUCUUAAAAAUUAAAGUAAGAUAAACAUGGGGAUUUCUUUACAAUGAAUAUAAAAAAGAAGCUUACUAUUGGGAGACAAUAAAAUUAUUACAAAAACAAACAAUAAUUAUAGCACUUAAUUAUUACGAAGAUUAAGUAAGUAUUAAAGCAUCAUUGAUUCUUUUAAUAGUCUUUAUUUAUCAUGUUCUUAGUAAUAAAAUAAAUCCUUAUUAUGUUUAUAAACUCAAUAGAUUAGAUACUUAUUGUACUGUGGUUUGUUCAAUUUCUAUAAUAUUAUGUUCAACUAUAUAUUCAGCAUAGGUUGGAGGUUAAUUUGAAAUCGUAUGGCCAUUUUAUAUAAUUACAGCAACUAUUAACAUAUUAUACAUUUUAGAUCUCGUUCUACAAAUUAUCUUUUCAUAUUUAGCAUAAUACCAAGAGUGUUUUGAUAAAGUCAAAAACUUUAUAACUAGAACUUGUCCAUACUUAAUAGAUAAAUAUCCAAAUUUAAAGGAACUUUUAACAACAAAAUAAUAGAAGCAAAAGAGAAUUCGAGAAAGAUGGGCAAGAGUAAAAGAACUACUCUUUAGAAAAGCCUAAAGAACAUUAAAAGCAAAAAGGUAAUUAAAACUAUUGAGAUUUUAGAUAUACAUUGAUUCAUUCUCCAGAAUCAUACUAUUAAAGACGAGGAGGUAUUUCUAGUCCUAGCCCUAUUAUUUCAUAUAGAGGUGAUGCUAUCAAAGGUGAUAUGAUUGAUUCUUAAUCUUAAUUAAAUAGUUCAAUGCAAAGAAAAUAUAAUAUGAGUAAUCCUACUAUCAAACUUGUUGAGACUGUAUAUUAACAAAGGAAUGAGGAAGACAAAGCAGAUCCUCCUACCCAAAGAGACGAAUACCAAGUUGUUGAAGAUCCAUUAAGUCCUCAAAUAGUUUAUUUAAGUUUCAACCCAAAAAAAGUAAGCUAAAUCAGAGAAUGA